AUGGAGGCCUUCUACUCACAGCUCACUCCCCAGGAGCUACAGCGACAGAUGUCGCAACAAUCUCAGCAACGCCAGAUGCAGGGUGCAGGUCAGACCGGCGGCCACGGCUACCAGCAGAUGAAUCAAGGUCACGCCAUGUCCAUGAUGAGCGGUGGCGGCAGAGGAGGCAACACGGGCGAUUCUCUCGACGACAUCAUCCAAAGUAAUCAUCAUGAACUUCAACGUCGUCGCAGUAUAACCCAGUCAUAUAUGCCCUCGAACCAGACCGGUCAGAAUGGGGGCCCUAGCAGAAGAGUAUCCAUGAUGGAGUUCGGCGCCGACGAUAACCAGAUGCUUAACUAUCCUUUCCAGAACCCAGCGAUGAACGCCGACUUCACCAUGGCUAGCCCGAUGGGUAACGGUAUGGAUAGUACCAUGCCCAACAACGUGCCUGGGAACAUAUCUGUACCGGGUCCCAUGGAUGCAUACUCCGCCCAGGACGCACUGCAGAUGUCGCCAACGAAUGCCUUCACCACAUUUUCACCCGACAUGAUGCGCUCGAUGAUGCCGCCGAAUUACUCUAGCAUGUCGGUCUCUGCCAUGCCCACAACAUCCGGUAUGAGCAUGUAUGCUCAGACCUCAAUGGCCAACGCGUUCCCGAACCCCCUCAAUACAAACACUGCUGAUAUGACUAUGGACAUGGGCACUGAUGAUACACCCGGCACUGCAACACACAGUGCUCUUGACACUCCACUAAACAUUGAUGAUGGAGACAACGACCCUAUGAAUAUGAACCAGCAAUACCAGCAGUCGGGAGACAACUCGUCUGGAGCCAACGGCCAGCCUCUGAGUUUCUCAAACGGUCCUUCUCAGACAACCCGAUCCUCAUUAUCGCGCGAGAUGUCGAGCAACUCAGGCCAGACAUCAUCACAAUCCCCUAACAACCGACCCUCUUCAAUGGCGGCAAGCCAAGUAGCUGCCGCACCCCCCACAGCAGAGACUACUCCCGUCAUGGGACCCGAGACUCCUCGCGCCGAGUCCAAAGAGAAGAACGUCUACUCCAAGAGCGGCUUCGACAUGCUUCGGGCGCUAUGGUACGUGGCGACACGAAAGAACCCAGAAAUUCACCUGGGUGCCGUGGACAUGUCCUGCGCAUUCGUUGUUUGCGACGUCUCAUUGAACGAUUGUCCCAUCAUUUACGUCUCGGACAACUUCCAGAAUUUGACGGGCUAUAGCCGCCAUGAGAUCGUUGGUCAAAACUGUCGGUUUCUCCAGGCACCCGACGGCAAGGUGGAGGCCGGCUCCAAGCGCGAGUUUGUCGACGACGCAUCGGUGUACAAUCUAAAGAAGAAGAUCGCCGAGGGCCGUGAGGUCCAGCAAAGCUUGAUCAACUAUCGCAAGGGGGGAAAGCCUUUUCUCAACCUCUUGACCAUGAUUCCCAUCCCCUGGGACGACCCCAACGAAGUACGUUUCUUCGUCGGCUUCCAGAUCGAUCUUGUAGAGUGCCCGGAUGCCAUCGCUCAAGGCCAGGAGGCCGGCGGCGUCAAAGUCAAUUACAAGCACAGCGAUAUUGGCCAGUACAUCUGGACACCUCCGACUGUGAACACAGUCGAACCCGAGAAUGGACAGACGCUUGGUGUCGACGAUGUUUCCACGCUACUGCAGCAGUUCAACCCGAAGGGCGUAGUGUCUGAUUGGCACAAGCAGUCUUGGGACAAGAUGCUACUGGAGAAUACCGAUGACGUGGUACACGUCCUAUCUCUCAAGGGGCUCUUCCUAUACCUUUCUCCCUCCUGUAAGAAGGUGCUGGAGUACGACGCGACCGAGUUGGUUGGCAAUUCUCUUUCAACCGUUUGCCAUCCGUCAGACAUUGUUCCCGUAACCCGAGAGCUAAAGGACGCCACCGCUGGCAACUCGGUCAACAUUGUCUUCCGCAUCAGACGGAAGCAAAGCGGGUACACGUGGUUCGAAAGCCAUGGCUCACUUUUCUUUGAACAUGGAAAGGGCAGAAAGUGCAUCAUUCUGGUAGGAAGAAAACGGCCCGUCUUCGCCUUGAGCCGGCGAGACUUGGAGGCACAUGGGGGCAUCGGCGAUAGUGAAUUAUGGACAAAGAUCUCGGCAUCUGGCAUGUUCCUCUUCGUCUCGUCCAACAUCCGAUCUCUGCUCGAUCUACAGCCAGACACCCUCAUUGGUACCAGCAUGCAGGAGCUGAUGCGCAGAGAAAGCCGCGCCGAGUUUGGUCGCGCGAUUGAAAAGGCAAGAAGGGGUAAGAUUGUUACAUGCAAGCACGAAGUCCACAACAGAAGAGGCCAAGUCCUUCAAGCGCAAACAAUCCUGUAUCCCGGAGACGCCGCAGAUGGCCAGAAGCCGACAUUUUUGCUGGCGCAGACCAAGCUUUUGAAGGCUUCGUCAAGGGCCAUUGCACCGGCGGCUACGCCGCCUGGCAGCGUCAAAUCCACUUCUCAGGUCGUACCAAAUUCGCAGCCCACCCAAAAUACCGAUUUAACAAAGACCGGCCCCAUGUCGGUACCAGGCGGUAAGACUAUGCCGGGCUCGCAGGAGGCAGCUCUGGCCUCGGAUGACAACAUCUUUGACGAGCUUCGAACAACCAAAUGCUCUAGCUGGCAGUUUGAACUGCGUCAGAUGGAGAAGGUCAACAGGAUCCUUGCCGAGGAACUGGGUGGUUUGCUAUCAAACAAGAAGAAGAGAAAGAGAAGAAAGGGGGUUGGCAACGUUGUCCGCGACUGUGCCAACUGCCAUACACGUAACACGCCCGAAUGGCGCAGAGGGCCUAGUGGUCAAAGAGACCUGUGCAACAGUUGUGGCCUGCGAUGGGCAAAGCAGGUUGGUCGGGUCUCGCCGCGUAACUCGUCCCGAGGGGGUGGAAACGCCGACGCCCAAAGCAAGAAAUCGAACUCGCCUAUACACUCGUCCCAGCUUCAAAACGAAGUCAAGGCUAGGAGCAGCACGCCUGCUCGGCCCAGCGAGGGAUCAUCUGGAAACACAACGCCCGCCACUACGGUUUCCAUUUCCAAAAGCCACAACAAUAUGCCUCCUCCGAGCCAACCUCUCCUGGAAGGCGGCAGUAGCGGCGGCAUGACAUCGAUACGGGAGUAA